UUGACCGUCACCGGAAAACAAAAAUCAUAAUUCGUUUGUCAGUCUGAGAGGCCCUUUCGGACCCUGUCGAGCCAAGAGCCUCCUACACGAACAUGUCGUGCAGAAAGAAAGCAGAGUGGUGUCGUAUGAACUGAUUCAUCGCACUGCUGCCGGACACAUUCUCACGACUUCGAUCGAUAAACUCAUCGCACACAUGACGACUCGAUUGUCGCGAGACUUCGAGUGAGAAUUUAACAUCCAAAUAUUGAGCAACUCUCACGAAAACUUAUCGACGAAGGACUCAAUCAGUUGCGGGUGCACGAAAGAGAAAGAGAAAUGAGAAUCGGCUUCAAAUUUUCCUGGGAGGAACGCAAUUUUCGAAAAUCUAAUUUUAAGAAAAUUCAAUUUUCUCUAUGAAAAAUGAGCAAACGAAAAAUUCGAUCGUUUACUCUUUAAUGAAAAUUCACUGCGUCGAUCUGUGGCCGCAUUAAUUCCCUAUCGUAUUCGGUUACGAAAAGUUUGUUUUUGAGAAUAAAAGUGACAGAAUGGCACGAGACUUCGUGUCAAUUGAGCUGAAAAGUGGGAAAAUUUCUGACGAAAAACGACCGAUAAUGCGGGUCACAGCCGAAUCGUCGUCGCAUGAAUUGUCUUGUGUACAAAUGUCUCAUCGUUUCUGUGUCUGUGCACACACGUUUACAUUCACACAUCUGCGUUUCGCAGUAGCCCGCACGCUAUAGAUCGAAUUCUGAGUAUAAUUGAGAAAGAGAGAGAGAGAUACGAAAGAGACACAUGCGAUUGUGAGUUUAUCGAGGAACGCUGGUGUUCGUAUUCUGGGCUUACACAUAAGCGAUCGGUCUACGCUUCACUCCGCAUUUCCCAUUUAAUCGGACGCUCCGAGUCGCGCAUGUUAGUGAUAAAUGAAUAAAAAUCAAAUUAUCCGACCGUCAAGCGUAGUCGCUCAUUUCUAUCGGUUUUUCUUCUUUGCUCAAUAGUCGAUAAAAAUUGUGCUUCGUUUAGUGCAUGAUUCGACUUUCGAUCAUGGCAUUCCUGGAGGGCUCGAGCUGGAACACCGUUGCCUUAAUACCGUUGGUCCUCUUCGUAAUCUCCUGUUUUUUUGAGAGUAACGAUCCUGUCAGAUUCUUCGCCAAAUACGCGCUCUACGUAAUUUACAGCUCUUCCAUCGCAGUUCUCAUGCUACCUUACACUCUUCUGUCACCGAAAAAUGUCAGGAACUCUCGUGACGGAGCCUUUUUUAUGCGAUACUACACGAAAUUGCUCGGCAUUGAAUGGGAUAUCAGAGGCAAAGAGGAGCUUGGCAAAGAAAGAGGCUGCAUCGUCGUUGCCAACCAUCAGAGCAUCCUCGAUGUACUGGGUAUGUUCGUCAUGUGGGGGACAAUGGACAAAUGUGCAGCUGUGGCGAGGCGCGCCGUUUUUUACGUAUUCCCGUUCGGUCCGAUGGCCUGGCUCGCCGGUGUCGUUUUCAUACGCAGAGGGGAUCGGGGAAAAUCGAUGGAAACAUUGCUCGACACGAGCGAACUCAUUAAAAAUCAAGCGACGAAGCUAUUCAUCUUCCCGGAGGGUUCGAGGAACAAGGACAUAUUGAAGAACGGAUUGGGCUUGUUCAGGAGAGGCGCCUUCAGGCUAGCGAUUCAUAAUCAAGUGCCAAUUCUGCCGAUCGUAUACUCGCCGUAUUACUUUAUCGACAGCGAGACUCGAUUUUUUGGUCACGGAAAAAUGAUCGUGAAAACGUUGGAGCCAAUUCCAACGGUGGGACUCGAGGAGAAGGACUUGGAUGACCUCAAAGAAAGAACUCGGACAAUAAUGCAGGAGGAAUUCGAUAAACUGGCGAUCGAAGUCCUCGCAGCGUUGCCCAAGGAUUACCCUGCCAACGUUGCGAGUCGAAAUCACUUCGAGAAAUCAAAAAAUGUGGCAAAAAGUUUAUGAUGCCGGAGAGGCGAAUGAACUCUUUUAACGUUACUGCAAAUUCGUUUUUUUCAAUGGACGAAUUUAUCUGAAUGAGAAUUAUUGAAUCAUCUAGGUUAUAACAAUCACGAAAAUUCCUUUCUCUGACUCAAAAAGUCUUGAAGAAUUUUCAAAUAUUUUUGAUAAUCGAGCUCGGGAGUGAAGACCAUUAGCUGAAAGUAUUUGGAUCCGAGAUACUUAUUCAAAUUCCAUAAUGAAAAAGAACUAUUUGAAAAACUGACACUCUGAUUAUUUUCAAACUUUUACUGAUUCGAUUUUAAUUUUAUGGAGUUUGAACUCGAUCAGAAUCUUUUGCAAACGUGAAGAUUUCAUUGAGAAAUAUCAACUUUUCAAAAUCAAAGUAUCGCUCCGUUCAUUUUUCAAUUAUUACGAUUCAUUCGGAUUUUGUUUCUCAAUGUAAUUACGCGAGUUCGUAAUGGAUAUUUUGUUGUCGGAGUUUAUUCUGAGAGUUUCAGUCUCCAAGAAAUAGGAUUUUAUAAGAAUUUUGACAUUUGAAAAACAAAAUCGUGGCUGUAAUUUGUGGAAUUUGUCAUAAAAAUAAUUAUUUCAUUUAGAAUUAAAUGAAAAAUACUUUUACGCCAAGAACAAUGGUGUUAGCUAGCUUAGAAAAAGACUUUCUGACAAUGGAUAAUCGAUCUCUGUGGAAUUGGAGGA